AUGAAAUCCGGAUCUUUCUUCGUAUACCCUCUUGCUACUAUUUCUCUGAUCUUCGCUUGCUCAGCUGAGUCCCGCCCCUUCGACGGCAUCGUCAACUCGCUCCACAUCCUCACCGAGCAAUCACCGCUUCGCGACUACAUCAUGGGCAAACCAGAGGGGCAGGUCUCAACUGGCGUCAUCAUAUCCGAUGUCAUCGGAAACACACAGGAGAUUGCUAUCUUCAGCGGCUUGACAAGGGACAUCAACGCCGUAGCCGGACGAUUAGACGACGCAGCGCAGAACGCCACUGUACUCGCUCCUCACAACAGCGUCAUGCGCGACUUGAAGAGGAAACCAUGGGAAGACCCAGAAGACUACAACAAACUAGGCGCCGAAGCUUACCAGGGCGCUAGCGGAGAAGACCGCGCGAAGAGCAACAUCGAGCGCUUCGUCCAGCGGCACAUCAUACCCGAAAGUCCGUGGGAAGAGGGCAAGAAAAUCAAGACACUUGCUGGCAACGAGAUCUGGUGGGAGUCUAAAAACGGCCAAAAGAAGAUCCAACCAGCCAACAUCGAAAUCAAGAGUAUCGCCGACAAGGUCGCCAACGGUGAAGUCUGGGUGCUUGGAGGAUCUCUCGCUUAA